UAGGAUAUUUUACAGAAUGCUGUUCCAAGAAUGGGAUGCGGAAAAAGAAUUGCAAAGAUCCAAUCGGGCUAAGAAUAAGACGCGAAAUUUUGCUCAAAUCCUGCAGAAGAAGCUGCGCAUACAAAUGGACAACAAAUGUCGCAUAUUGCGUAUCAUUCUGGUGUCCAUUUUCUUUCUACCCAUUUUAACAUUGAUUCGCAAUCUGGGUCAAUCAAGGGUAGUGCCAAAGCAAGUAUUUGAUGUAUUUCCCAUUGAUAAUCUGGAUAGGAUGCGCUUAGACCUCGAACGCAUACGAAACACGACCGGGCUUAAUUUUGUUGAACGAAUAGCUUUUACACCAAAUGCCAAGCCUUUGCAUGAUGUCAUUGAUUUUGCGACUGAUCUUUUAAAAAUGGAUCCAUGCUUAGGAGUCGAAAGUGUUCAAGAACUUGAAAAAAUGGUACGAGAGAAACAUUUUAUGGCAGGGGUUCAUUUUAUUGUAGGCAAUCCUAAUUUAACAACACUUCCACUAAAUCUUGAAUAUGAAUUGCGUUUCCCCCCAACUUUACGAAGCGUGCACCCAAAAGAUGAAAAAUUCUGGCCCACUGAUGAACUUUAUCCGGAUCUUAUUGAAUUGGUGACAGGCAAACCUGACAAUAGAACAACUAAAGAUUCAAACUACGGCAACGUUCCGCCGGGAUAUAUACAGGAGGGUUUUAUUGCUCUGCAACAUGCCAUUUCUAUGUCCUACAUAAAUUUGUUUAGCGGAGUAGAUGCACAUUCCCUAAUUAAUAUGUCGCAAUUUCCAAGGCAUCGUUACAUUUACGAUCGUCUAUUUGUGGUUAUUAAAUUGUUACUCCCAGUCGGAGUA